AUUUUGUUAACGGAAUUAUGUGAACGGCUGACCUAUUAUAGCGUUUCUGCUAAUCUCGUACUUUUUGCAAAUACCCACCUUGGUUUUACUAAUCCUGAGGCUGCCUCCAUAAAUUUUAUCUUCACUGGUACAGGCUAUGCCAUACCUAUAAUUAGCGGAUACAUCGCAGAUUCCUUUAUUGGGCAAUAUAAUACUAUUUUCGGCAGCAGUUUAAUUUAUAUUGUUGGUUCUGUGGCACUGGUGUUAGUUGCAGCCCCGUAUGAUUUACCGUUUUCCACUAGUGCUCAAUCAGCUUUUUAUAUAGGCGGUCUCGCAUUUAUUGCAAUUGGCACUGGAGGAAUCAAAUCUAAUGUUUCUCCUUUUGGUGCCGAUCAAUUGAAAGAUUCUGGUCCUCUUCUUAUUCAGCGUUUUUUUUCGUGGUUCUACUUCUUUAUUAACGUAGGAUCGUUGGUAUCGUUUACUGCUGUCGCUUACAUUCAGCAGAAUGUCAGCUUCUUUUAUGGAUAUAUGAUCCCUGCUAUUUCUAUGGCAUUAGCUAUCAUAAUAUUUAUUUCUGCCCGAAGUUAUUAUGUAGUACGCUCUCCGAAGGGAUCAUUGUUGAUUGACGCCGUUCGUAUGAUGUGGCAAGGUCUCAGGGUUAAACUAUGCUGUAGAAAUGCUGGAGCUAGGAACGGGAGGAUUACUAGCAUUUUCGAUUAUGCAAAACAAGAAAACGGUGGAAGUUUCGAAUCUAGUCAAGUUGAGAAGAUAAAGCCCUUGGGACGUGUGAUUCCUGUAUUUAUUUUAAUCAUUCUAUACUGGACGGUUUAUUUUCAGAUGCAGACAACAUGGUUUAUACAAGGGGAAUCCAUGAACCUAAAACUGGGAAGUUUUAAGUUACCUGCAGCAGCGUUAUCUUCAUUUGAUACUGUCUCCGUCCUUGUCUUUAUACCUAUAAUAAACUAUGGUGUAUAUCCGCUCUAUAAAAAAAUCUUUGGUAGGUCACUUACCCAACUUCAAAGAAUAGGUAUUGGAAUGAUAUUUGCCUCACUAGCAAUGUUAGCUGCUGGUAUUUUAGAAGGAUAUAGAUUAAUAGAUGUGCAUGAAAAUCCAUUACCCCAAGUUGUUGCUGGAUCAACAUUUAACGCAUCUGGAAACAUUAGUGUUUUGGCACAGAUACCUCAGUUCGCUUUAAUUGGACUUAGCGAAGUUUUUACGAGCAUCACUGGGUUGGAGUAUGCAUAUUCGGAGGCUCCAGAAGAGCUUAAAGGAUUGAUCAUGGGAUUAUAUUUACUUACAUCUGGGCUUGGAAGCUAUCUUGGAUCACUGAUAAUAGUCAUUGUAAAUGCUGCAUCUCGUAACCCGAAAGUUCAAAAUUCGGAGUGGAUUCCAAAGGAUAUAAACAAUGGACAUCUCGAUUAUUACUGUUACUUUUUGGCAGGUAUG